UCCGUGAAAGAUACAAAAGCCAGUGUACUCUACCCAGCUGGGCUUUGAGCCCCUGGAGGGUAGGUACGGGGUCUUUGCCUUUCUUUGUAUCCCCAGGGCAUAUCACAGUGCCUGGUUCGUUGUAGGAGCCUAAUAAAUGCUUGUCGUAGAUUGAAGGCGACUUGCAUGAGCAGGUCUGUGGCUCAGCUUUGGCAGCUAGAAGGAACUUGAGCAGCCAUCGAGUACAACCCUGAGUUUUGCAUUUGGGGAAACUAAAGCUCGUGGACCUAGAGGGACUUACCUGGCAUCACACAAGCCCUGAACACACUGAAGAAAGGGACUGUCUUUUCUGAUCACCCUUACAAACAUGAAUUACACCCGAUUCCUCACAGCAGUGAGUGCUGCAAGAAAGCCUUCUCCAAUAAGGCUAUUGACUGAACUGAUGCUGAAAUCACCACCAUCACUCAUUUCCUUGGCUGGAGGAGCUCCAAAUCCUAACACUUUCCCCUUUAAGACUGCAAAGAUCACCGUAGAAGAUGGAACUACCAUUGAAUUUGGGGAAGAUUUAAUGAAGAGAGCACUUCAGUAUUCUCCCACAGCAGGGAUUCCAGAGCUGUUGUCCUGGCUGAAGAGGUUCCAGACAAGCAUCCACAAGCCCCCCACUGCCCAGUUCAGUCCUGAGCGAGGACAACUGGAUGUGUGCGUCACCACUGGGAGCCAAGAAGGCCUUUGUAAAGUAUUUGAGAUGCUCAUUAACCCUGGAGAUAAUGUCCUCUUGGAUACACCUGCUUACCCAGGGACUCUGGCAGCCUGUGAGCCAUUGGGCUGCAACAUUAUCAGUGUGUGCAGUGACCAAUAUGGGAUUAUUCCGGAUUCCCUCCGAGCAGUACUUUCCAAGUGGAGACCAGAGGAUGCACAGAAACCUGAAAGAGAGACCCCCAAAUUUCUUUACACAGUUCCAAAUGGAAACAAUCCUACAGGAACAUCAUUAACAUAUGAACGCAAAAAGGAAAUAUAUGAGCUGGCAAGAAAAUAUGAUUUUCUCAUCAUAGAAGAUGAUCCAUACUAUUUUCUCCAAUUCAACAUGCCUUGGGCACCAACGUUUCUUUCCAUGGACACUGAUGGUCGUGUUAUCAGAACAGAUUCUUUCUCAAAAAUUCUGUCUUCAGGGUUGAGAGUAGGUUUUAUAACUGGUCCCAAACCUCUGAUUGAUCAAAUUGUUUUGCACAUGCAAGUUUCAACAAUGCACACCAGCACUUUUACACAGCUGCUGAUAACCCAGCUCCUGCAACAAUGGGGAGAAGAGGGUUUCCUGAACCAUGUAAACAGGGUGAUAGCCUUCUAUAAGGAGCGGCGAGAUGCCAUGUUGGCAGCUGCAGACAAGUGGCUCAAAGGUUUGGCAGAAUGGCAUGCUCCUGCUGCUGGGAUGUUUUUGUGGAUUAAGAUUAAAGGUGUUUCUGAUACAAAACAGCUAGUUAUGGAAAAGGCCUUACAGAAAGAGGUAUUACUAGUUCCUGGGGAUGCAUUCAGCAUUGAUAACUCAAAGCCCAGUUCUUACGUCAGAACUUCCUUUUCUCUGUCUUCUCCAGAACAAAUGGACCAGGCUUUUCAGAGACUGGCUGAACUUAUAAAAGAAUCUUUAUGAAGAGAGCAAAAAAGAAUCAUUGUACUCAUGGAUUUUCACUGUCAAUUUUUGUAUUUCACAAAGAAGAAAUUGGUGAUUAUAUUAUACCCAUGCUUUGUUAGAGAUUUAAUCAUGGAUGUUAGAUUCCUGAAAAGUCUUUUAGUGACUGUCAAAAAUUACAGUGCACCAUUAUGAUUUUUUUUUAUAAAAUGGCUGACUGCAAAGUU